UUUUCUUGCAGUCAAAAUGUGACAAUAUAAAUAUUUUUAAUGACAAAAAGUUGAUUUAGUAGUCGAUUAUUGAGUGAAUUGUGAGUUCAACUGGCAUGCUCGUUGACAUUUCAUAGUUUCGUUCAGUGAUUCGCCAAUUUAUAUGAGAGACUCGUGAAGGACUCGCGAAUCUUCAUAUAAACUCGUAAGAUUCGUGCAGUUGCCCAUAUGUUUUGAAAUGACUCGUGAGAUUCGCACUGAUUCACACUGAUUCGUACGACACAUAAGCCCCUAGCCAAGUACAAGCAGCAAAAGAAGCGGAGAACGGCAAAAGCGCCAUUCCGUAAGAAGUAAGCCAAAAAAUCAAAAGAAGGAAACUAGCACCAAGGUUUUCAAAAAAGCAGCCACAAAGAGGAGCGAGAAGCACAAGUGUGAUUCAUGCAGCUUCACUACAUUACAAAAAUCAAAACUUAUAAUUCACAUUCGAAGUCACACUGGCGAGAAGCCAUUUGAAUGCAAAAUGUGUAUGAAAUCCUUCUCAAGGAGAGAUCAUUUGAAAAUCCAUGAAAAACUCAUGGUUCGUUAUUUGCGUUCCGUUGUUCAAAGUGUGGUCAAGGAUUUGAUGAAGAACUUGCUAAGAACGGCCAUGAACCCAAGUGCCGCGGACGUAAAUACCAAUGCAACGAAUGCGAACAUUCCACAUUUAUAUUUUUUAACAUGAAAAAACACAUGCGAACCCACAACAAGUUAUUCAAAUGUUCGGUUUGUUCAAAAGCAUUUGCGGAUGACACAUCUCUUCACAAUCAUUCCCGAAUUCACGUCAAAGAGCUUAUAUUCGACUGUUCAAAAUGUGGCCAUCGUUUUAUAGAGGAAUUCGAGAAAAAUUCGCAUGAACAGCGGUGCACCAAUCGACGAUACGAAUGCUAUGUGUGCAAACACAAAUGUAUCAAAAAACACGAAUUGAUGCGCCACAUGCGAUCAAACCAGUGCAGUAAACGUACAAGAUCAUUUGGAUGUACGAAAUGUGAAACGACUUUUAGUUAUAAGACUCAUCUAAAACUACAUUUGGCAACAGCACACGUAAUGCGAUCAAAACCGAAAAUUAAAAUUGUCGGUAAUAAGCCGAACUGUCAGCGGGAAACAAAUGUUGACGGUGAAAUUUCGAGUGAGAAAAUUGAUUCGGUACAAAACGAAAAUGCAAGCAGUCCAGAAUUAAACAUAAACAGAAAGAAGGAAGCCAUAGCUGGGGCCCCGAAGAAAGCAGUUAUCAAAAAGGGCGAGGAACACAAGUGUAAUUCAUGCAGCUUCACUACAUUGCAUAAAUCAAAACUUACAAUUCACAUUCGAGGUCAUACUGGUGAAAAGCCAUUUGAAUGCAAAGUGUGUAUGAAAUCCUUCGCAAGGAGAGAUUAUUUGAAUCGCCAUGAAAAAAUCCACGAUUCUUUAAAAACGAUCCAUCAUUCGAAAUAUCAUCGAAAAUUGAAUCAAGAGCUCGCUAAGAAAAGCAAUCGACGUCUUUUCGAAUGUAACGAGUGCGAGUAUUCCACAUUUGAAGUGACCAAUUUUACGCGACAUAUUCGAACACACAGUGGAGAAAAGUUGUUCAAAUGUUCGAUUUGUUCGAAAGAGUUUGCACAGAACAUACAUCUUCGCAAUCAUACACGAGCUCACGUCAAAGAGCUUCCAUUUGCCUGCUCGAAAUGUGGUCAACGAUUCAUAAAAGACCACGAGAAAAAUUCACAUGAACAGCGGUGCAACAGUCGACGAUACGAAUGCUAUGUGUGCAAAUUCAAAAGUUUCAGAAAAGCUGAUUUGAAGUGCCACAUGCGAUCAAACCAGUGCAGUAACCGCACAAGAUCAUUUGAAUGUACGAAUUGUGGAAAGAAUUUUGCUUAUAAAACCCAUCUUAAACGACAUUUGGCAAUACAUGCAAAACCACGUCUGUUUCGUUGCUCAGUCUGUGGAAUGAAAUUCAAAAGUAAGUUGAGUCUGAAAGGACAUAAGGCUACUCAUCCAAAGCCAAAUUUGCUUCGUUGUUCGAAAUGCUGGAAACCGUUCACAGAAGCAGACAAAAGAGAUACGCACGAAGGACGGUGUAAUGCUCGUCUUUAUCAAUGUUUCUUGUGCAGCGCUAAUGUAGUUGAUUUAACAUGUCUGAGAAUUCACAUGCGUUCCCAGCACACCAGAGAGAAGCCAUUUUCAUGUAAAUUCUGUAAGAUUAGUUAUUUCAGUAAAUCCAGUUUAGUUUUUCACAUGAAACUCCACCACCAUUUGGAAAUCCAAGCAAAUUAGAAGGAGAACAGAAUUUUUUUAAUAUCAUCAGAAUUGAUUAUACUUCUAAUUCACAAAAAUCGGAAACUGGAAUAAGCUCACUUAGGAGUCCCAAACUGAUGAAAGAUAUUGUACCUUCAAUCAAAUACGUUACCACAUAUUUUACUUUUUUCAAAAUUCGAGAAAUAGUAAUUAAAUCAUUUAG